AUGGUCCAAGAGACUUACGACAUUGUCAUUGUGGGCGCCGGCCCCGUCGGCUUGCUCCUCUCCCUGUGUAUGUCACGAUGGGGUUACAAGGUCAAGCACAUCGACAACCGUCCAGUGCCGACUGCCACUGGUCGCGCUGAUGGUAUUCAGCCGCGGUCAACCGAGAUCCUGCGCAACCUUGGCCUGAAGCGCUCGAUCAUGGCUUUCGAGCCCGCCAAGGUCUACGAUGUUGCUUUCUGGGACCCUAAGGCCGACGGAUCCGGUAUUGGCCGCACUGGCAGCUGGCCCAGUUGCCCCCGCUUCAUUGACACUCGCUAUCCUUUCACCACCCUCGUCCACCAGGGUAAGAUCGAGCGUGUCUUCCUGGACGAGAUCGAGAAAGCUGGCACCAAGGUUGAACGUCCCUGGACCAUCGUUGGCUUCAAGAACGAUGGCGCCAACGCCGACUACCCCGUUGAGGUCAACCUGAAGUGCCUCGACACUAACGUUAUUGAGAACGUCCGCUCCAAGUACCUCUUCAGUGGUGAGGGUGCCCGCAGCUUCGUCCGUGAGCAGCUUGACAUCAAGAUCCAUCACAAGGAUCCCAUUGCCUACGUCUGGGGUGUCAUGGACGGUGUUGUCCGCACCAACUUCCCCGAUAUUGAGACCAAGUGCACCAUCCACUCCGAUGCCGGUUCUAUCAUGGUUAUUCCCCGCGAGGACAAUAUGGUCCGCCUCUACGUUCAGAUCGCCUCCUCCACCGACGCCGACUGGAACCCCCGCAAGACUGCCACCGCCGAGGAGGUCCAGCAGACCGCCAAGAACAUUCUCAAGCCAUACUGGAUCGAGUGGGACCGCGUCGAGUGGUACUCUGUCUACCCCAUUGGUCAAGGUAUUGCCGAGAAAUACACCCUGGACGAGCGUGUCUUCAUGGGCGGUGAUGCUUGCCACACUCACAGCCCCAAGGCUGGUCAGGGUAUGAACACUGCUUUCCACGAUGCUCUCAACAUGGCCUGGAAGCUCCACGCUGUCGAGUCUGGCUUUGCCAACCGCUCCAUCCUGAGCACCUACGAGAGCGAGCGCAAGGACAUCGCCGAGACCCUGUUGAACUUCGACGCCAAGUACGCCGCUCUCUUCUCCAAGCGCCGUCCCAAUGCUGGUGAGGUUGGCGAGGCCAGCCACGCCAAGGUUGGCACCAACGCCGAGGAGGAUGAGUUCGUAAAGACCUUCAAGUCCUCUUGCGAGUUCACCAGCGGAUAUGGAGUGGCCUACCAGCCCAAUAUUUUCACCUGGUCUCCUAGCCACCCCGCCAAGUCCCCUCUGUUCAACAUCCCCGGUGUUCACCUGACUCCUGGCCGUGCUUUUACUCCUACCAUGGUCACCCGUCUUGCAGACUCCAACUUUGUCGAGCUUGAGCAGGAAGUCCCCGCCAAUGGUUCUUUCCGUAUCUUCGUCUUUGCCGGUAACCAGACCAAGAGCAAGAAGGCCAUUGCCGACUUCGCCCUCAACCUGGAGAAGGAGCGCUCGUUCCUCUCGGCCUACCGCCGCUCUGACAUUGCCGAUGUCUCCUUUUUCGAGCGUCACAACCCCCACUCCAAGCUCUUCACCCUCUCUGUCAUCUACGCCGGUUCCAAGAACACCGUCGAUGUCGAGUCCAUCCCCCAGAUCCUGCGCGAUUACCACCACCACCUGUACGCCGAUGACAUUCCCGAUGUCCGCGUUCCCCAGGCCACCUUUGCCGCUCACGAGAAGCUCGGCUUCAACCCUGAGCAGGGUGGAGUCGUUGUCACUCGCCCUGACAGCCACGUUGCUUGCACUGUCCAGCUGGCUGAAGGCAGCGGCACUGUCGACGCUCUCAAUGAGUUCUUCGGUACCUUCUCUACCAAGCCUCUGGGCCAGGACUCGCAGGCCAGCCGUCUGUAA